AUGGCAGCCAGAAGCACUACAGAGAAUCACAGAAUCCCGAACAUCCCAGAAAGUAUGUUCUACAUCCCGGACUUCAUCAGCCACGAAGAAGAAGCAACUUUGUUGAGCGCAUUGCCAUCGAAUCGCUGGAUCCAAUUGCAACAUCGUCGCCUACAAACUCACCCAUCACCUCUUUCGAAGACGAAUACACUACUGGAGGCUCCCCUGCCACGCUGGCUCGUUGAGCCAAUCAUCUCAAAGUUCAAGUCACUCGGUCUAUUCAGUGACAGCCCACAUCAAGCACCAAACCACGUCUUAAUCAACGAGUACAAGCCACUCGAAGGAAUAAUGCCACACGAGGAUGGUGCGGCAUACUAUCCAAUCGUAGCUACAGUAAGCUUGUCGAGCACUCUGUGUCUGGAUAUAUACGAAAAGGCCCAAGGCGAAGAUAUGGCCCAAGCGAGCAUUGGCUCGAGCCCCAAGUGGCGAGUUCUGCAAGAACCGCGCUCUCUUCUAGUCACUACUGGUGCGGCAUAUACUAAUACCUUACACGGCAUCUCCGAGAUUGAGACUGAUGAGAACCUCGGACCUGACACCGUGGCAAAUUGGACUUUGCUGGGCGACAGUAAGGCCUUUGCUGACAAUGGUGGAAAGAACACGCGCUCGACUCGAGUCAGUCUUACUUACAGGAAUGUUCUGAAGGUCUCAAAGGCCGGGGCGAGGAUUCUAGGUAGACCAAGAGGCUGA